GGUCCAUCGACUCGCGCGCCUACAGUCAUACGGUAGGGGAUCCAGCGACUUGACGGCUUCUGCUGAUACCGGUAGGGGAUGCAUCGACUCGCGCCUCCGUUGCUUCCGGCACUAAUAGGGGACCCAUCUGCUCGCACCUUCGUUGCUUCCACUGAUAGUGGACCCAUCGACUCAUCCCGCACUCGAUGCCUCCGUUGCUUCCGCUUUUUAUUGUAAAGUCAUUCCGAGUUCCGUUCCAUUCACGCGGCACAACGUACUCCGUGGUUGGAACCUAAUUCGGAGCAUCUUAGUCUAACCACAAAAUGUCCGAAGAGAAAAAGGGGCAAGAAUCGUCUGGACAGGACGGGAAGAUUUUGAUGACAGAAGAGGACUUUGACGUCGAAUCAUCUGGAGAUCGCUUUGACACAGGAGCCGAAUGUCCCACCGACAAAGUCGAAGGUGUAGGUCCAAAGGGUUCUCGCACCGAUGGAAACACAAAUGGAGCGGCAUUGGUUCCGGGGGCCUUCCCCGUUUCGAAUCCGCUCAACUCUAGUGGUUCCUAGCCCACAUCACUGGCAGUGACGCCUGAGGCUUUGGUGACCGUGUCGACUACUAACGGAUCCAAAGAGCAAUACUUAGCUGAAGCGAUGAGAGUGGAUCGCGAUAAGAUUGUAGUGGCCACAGAAGUAAACGAUGACGAAGAGCCCAAGAGCAAGUCUUAUACUAAAAGACUCAUUGCGAUUGCGGUGGUAGGUGUGAUUGCAAUAGUGAUUGUUCUUAUCAUAAACUUCACCAUCGGGAAGAAACAAAAGCCAAACAAUGAGCCGACGGAUCCUACUAUCAGUGACUCGAUCACUACUCCAGAGGAAAGUAACCUUAGCAUCGAAAAGUAUUCUGAACGCCGCUCAUCACUGAUUGAGAUUCUUACUCCCCUGGUUUCCGAUCCAGAAGUAUUCAACCCAGAAAGUCCCCAAGCUUCUCCCGAUCGAAUUGAAGCCCUCGAAUGGCUUGUUACAUCCAACCCUGCCCGUUUCUCCAUCCUGGGUUUGAAAGAACAUAGCAGCAACACAACCUACAACCACAGUUUGGAAGAGCAGUCAGAAACAAACUCUGACACUGUGGUACAACAAAUCCGACAACAUUUUGUGUUGGCUCUCUUCUACUUCGCAACAAAUGGACCAAACUGGGAAGAACAGUACAGGUUCCUGUCAGACCUUGAUCCGUGCCUCUGGAACACCUUCCGUUCCACUGCCACAGAAGAAGAUGAAUUUUAUGUCCCCAAAGAAGUGGAUGCGAGAGGAAUCAUUUGCAACACGCAAGGGCGGGUUUCUUUCAUGCACAUGUGUAAGUACUUACUUUGCGGAUAGAUUCAACGUAUUCGUAGUUCAUAUUUCGUUGGCAUCGUUCUCUCAACUAGUUUCGGCACAAAAUUCUGGAUGUCGCCAUCUGACUUCCCGCAUCCUCUCUUCCUUGACGUUGGCGCUAUUGGAAAUCGCACGGAUAUAUAAUUGUUCUGAUUAUUUGCAACCCCAUAUUCAGGGUGGAAUGAUUUGUCAGGAACUCUGCCGCCCGAGUUAUCCUACUUUAAGGAUUCGCUGAGAGAGAUUAACCUUGCAGGUGGUUCAAUUAGUGGCAGCAUUCCAGAUUUUACGGAUUUGGAAAAGCUGGAAAUAUUGGCCGUCAAUGACAACUGUCUGACUGGAAGGAUUCCUGAAGGGUUUUCAGACCUUCCAAAUCUCUAUAUUUUCAACACUUAUGGUAAUGCUGGACUCGUUGGUUCGCUUAAUGAAUUUUGCAAUGGGACGGCCUACCAGUACAAGAACGAAGUGACAGCCUUUGUUAGCGCAGAUUAUUGCGGCAAUUAUGGUGGGCUGAGUAGUUCCGGCGUUGAAUGCAAUUGUUGUGUCUGCUGCAAUCCAAACAAUUUUGAAUGCUACUCACAAGAAUGGGGCCUUGCCUCGACCGUCUUUAGUCAGAUUAAGCGCAAAAAUAAGUACGCUAAGUCUUUCGAAAAGUCGUGCCUGACUUUCGAACAUAAACAAUGGGUUGAAGAAGAAUGUCCGUGUUUGGUGGAAUCCCAUACCUUAGGAAACGAUGAUUCCCCGUACUAUGCUUGCUCAAAUUGCACAGUGGAUGGUGUCAGACCAAGUCAUCCUAACUGGGAUGAUUGAUCACUAUGAAGCUUGCUUCAACGAGACCUAUAUUUGUGUACUGUAUCAUCUUCGUCAAAACAAAAAUAAUUUAGAAUUAACAAC